AUGUCCCUUUAUUGUGGAAUAGCUUGCAGGAGAAAGUCUUUUUGGUGCUAUAGGCUGCUGUCAACCUAUAUCUCUAAGACAAGGUAUAUAUUUGAACUGAAGGAAGAUGAUGAUGCAUGUAAAAAAGCCCACCGUACAGGAGCAUUUUACCUCUUUCAUAACCUGGCUCCUUUACUUCAGAAAUUGGAGCAUCAGCAUCAAUACCUGGCUCCCAGGCAUAGUUUCCUAGAGCUGGAAAAGCUCCUGGGUAAACUUGGACAGGACACACAGAAGAUAGAAGAUUCUGUGCUAAUUGGGUGCUCUGGAGAACAUGAAGCAUGGUUUGCCUUGGAUCUAGGGCUGAAUAAUCCUUCUUCCACAAACGAUUCCUUGCAGAAACUUGAAAUGGAAACGGAGCUCAAAGGAUCUUUCGUUGAGCUGAGGAAGGCACUCUUACAGCUGGAUGUGAAGGAUGCUUCCUUGCUGUCCAUGGCUCAGGCUCUUCUCCGCUGGCAUGAUACCCAUCAAUUCUGCAGCAGAAGUGGGCAGCCCACCAAGAAGAAUAUGGCCGGCAGCAAGCGUGUGUGCCCUUCCAAUAAUAUCAUCUAUUACCCGCAGAUGGCCCCUGUGGUGAUCACUUUGGUGUCAGAUGGGACCCGAUGCCUCCUUGUUCGCCAGAGUUCUUUUCCUAAGGGGAUGUAUUCUGCCUUGGCAGGUUUCUGUGAUAUAGGUGAAACUCUGGAAGAAGCUGUCCGGCGAGAAGUUGCAGAAGAGGUGGGAUUGGAGGUGGAAAGACUGCAGUAUUCUGCGUCCCAGCACUGGCCCUUUCCCAAUAGUUCACUCAUGAUUGCUUGUCAUGCAACUGUGAAACCAGGGCAGACAGAGAUCCAGGUAAAUUCUAGAGAACUGGAGGCAGCUUCCUGGUUCAGUCAUGAUGAAGUGGCCACAGCCCUGAGGAGAAAAGGACCAUACUCCCAACAAAAGGAUGGAUCCUUCCCAUUCUGGCUGCCUCCCAGGUUAGCCAUUGCUCACCGGUUGAUUAAGGAGUGGUUGGAAAACCAUAAAUGUUCUUCUCUGCCUGCUUAG